AUGCGUCAAGGCGGGGAAAAGCGCGACAUCAUCGUCCUCUCCUCUGACGAGGAAGCGGAAGUGGGCAAGAGCACCAACGUGGGUACGAGUCCGAAGAGAGCCCGCAACGCUGCUGCCACCGGCAGUGCCGUCGAUGCAUUUUGCAGCACACCUUGCAGCACGACCCAGCGUCUCGCAGGGCACGUCCCGCCCGACUCUGGAACCGAUACUGGACCGGUCCCGCCUCUCCCACCAGUUACCGAUCUGGGAGCCGAGAACGAAUCCCUCCGCGCCCAGCUCAAGGCAGCGGACGCCUCAGUCAAAGACCUAAAGUCCAAGCUCGCGAAGAUGGAGGAGAGGGCGAGGACGGCCGAGAGGCUGCACCGGCGUGAUAUGAAGGAGAUCAGCGAGCGGCGGCAGGCAAAGAUAAUGGAUAGGUCGAAGGACUUGGCGCGGGAGGCGCAGGCUAUGCUCCAGAAGAUGAAGAAGGAGAAGGAAGAGAAGGAGGCGAAGGAUAAGAUGAAGAUGAGGGCUGAGGAAGCGGAAGAGAGGGCUGUCAUGGCUGAAUGGGCGAACCAAGAGGCGGAGAAGGGCAGGGACGAGGCGGAGAGGACGAGGAAAGGAUUCGAGGAGAGAGCUGGGGCGUACAAGGUCGUACUGAAGGAGCAUGGGCUGCUUGCUGAGGAGGUCGAGCCUGCCGUCGGCAGUGCGUGA